CACGGUCCUCACUUACCUCAGUUCCCCACACAUACUGCGACUGCAAACCAAAUAAUAGAGGAGAGAAGAGGUCCUUCAGCAUCUUAUCUGCGAGACUUCAACUUCAACUUCAUGGCAGGACAGGCUGAGGCUUCCUCCUCCAACUCCACCUCCACCUACACCUCCACCUCCACCGCUGGAUCUUCACCUUAUGAUGUGUUUCUCAAUUUCAGGGGUGAAGACACUCGCAAAAACUUCACUGGCCACCUCUACCGUGCUUUGAAAAGAGAAGGGGUAUGUCUUUAUGGAUAGCUACAAACUGUGGGAAGGAGAAGAGCUUGGGACAACACUUGUCAAGGCAAUCCAACGCUCCAAAGUCUCAAUUCCUGUUUUCUCUAAAGGCUAUGCCAAUAGCAAAUGGUGCUUGACGGAACUUGCCCAGAUGCUGUGUAGCCGUAGACACUGCGGUCAGAUUAUUCUGCCAAUAUUCUUCGAUGUUGACCCCUCUGAUGUUCGUCAUCAAUCCGGAUGUUUUAAAAAAGUGUUUCGUAAACAUCAAAGGAAUUUCGCUCCUCAUGUUGUGGAGAAUUGGAAGGGAGCUUUGAGAGAGGUAGGGAAUCUGAAGGGAUGGGUUCUCAGAGAAGUCGAAAAUGGGAUGAAUCAAAGCUGGUUGAGCUUCUUGUUGAAAGGGUUUUAAAAGAAAAAUGCAUACACAACAUUUUCUCGAUGAGUGAUGUUAAUUACCGUACUGGAUUAGACUCCCAUUUAAUGAAUCUGCUAUAUUUACUAAAUAUUGGUUCCAAAGAUGUUCAAUUUAUUGGAAUAUGUAGCAUAGGUGGCACUGGGAAGACAACUAUUGCAAAGGCUCUCUACAAUUGCAUCAUUGAAACUUUGAUUAGAAAUGCUUUCUUGAAGACAUCAGAGGAGAAGCAUUGCGACAUGGAUUAGUUUAUUUACAAGAGAAACUUAUCUAUAGUAUGUACAAAAGAAAAGAUUAGGGAGAAAUAUUGAGUGUUGAUAGAGGAAAAGAGUGGAUAAAAGAAAGACUUCAGAUAGAAAAUGUUCUUCUUAUUCUUGAUGACGUGGAUCAUCCUUCCCACAAUGCUUUAGCUAUCGAUCUAAAUUGGAUUUGUCAAGGAAGUAGGGUCAUUAUAACAAGAAGAGAUGAGAAUAUUCUAAAUAUGGCUAAAAUUGAUGAAGGUAAAAUAUAUUGACCUAAAGAAUUAGGUGAAGGCCAAUCUCUUCAACUUUUUAGUUCGCGUGCCUUUCGAAUGUCAAACCUCCUGAAGAGUAUAUGGAGCUUUCACGUGCUAUAGCAAGUUAUUCCGGAGGCUUGCCCUUGACUCUAGAGGUUUUGGAUUCCUACCUAUCAUAUGUAAGAAGCAAAGAAGUGUGGGAAAGUAUAAUACAACAAUUGAGAGAAAAUGCUCCUAGGGAGGUCUACAAAAGCUUGAAGAUAAGCUAUGAUAAUUUAGGUGAUUACGAGAAAGCCAUUUUUCUUGAUGCUGCAUGUUUUUUCAUUGGAUGGGAGAAAAAAACUGUAAUUUCCAUUUGGGAAGCUUGUGGUUUUUAUCCUAAAUCAGCAAUACACAGACUUAUAAACAGGAACCUUAUUAAAUUUGAAUCUAAUGAGGAUGGUGGUUGCUACUUGAGGAUGCAUGAUCAACUUCGAGACAUGGGAAGGGAAAUUGUCUCAAAAGAAAGCUUUAGAGAGCCAGGCAAGCGUAGUAGGUUAUGUUCUCACGACAACGUCUUGGAGGUCUUAGAAGGAAACAAGGUAACACCUAAGAUCAUAACUGUGUGUGUGUGUGUGUGGGGGGGGGGUGUAAGCUAGUAAUUCAAAGACAUUAUAACAAAAUAUAUAUUGUAACUAAGAAGAAAAAAAGCAUAGCAUUCAAUAUUGUUCGACAUUUUAUAUUUUUUUUGGUCCAUGAUGUAGACACACUCAACAACCACUAAGGCACUCCAAAUGACAGGUGAAGGGCCUUAUCCCUACUCAUCCUUUUUCUUUUCUUUUCUCGUUCUCUUGCUCUCUCUCUCUCUCUCUCUCUCUCUCUCUCCCUCCCUCUUUUUCCUUUUUUUUGGGUGUUUUCAAUUUGGAUUACUUCUAUUGUAGGGAACUGACAAAGUAGAAGGAAUUGACAUUCCCUCUGACUUACCGAUUCAUUUAACUGGUGAACAUUUUGAGAGGAUGUCCAAUUUAAGAUUCCUCAACAUUAAUCCAAAAAGUUUCAUGGUAGACUUUUCAUGCCUUCCUUCUACACUAAAAUGGUUGAGAUGGAAUACUUGUACUUUGGAUAUUCUACCAACUAAUUUUUAUCAUAAGAGACUAGUUCAUCUCGAUCUAUCAUUUAGCACAAUUAAACAAGCUUGGAAUAUUAGGCCUCAAGAUGAAAAUAAGCGGUUCCAAAAUCUGAAGGUUCUAAAUCUUAGUAAUUGUGGAUAUCUAUCUAAGUCCCCAAACUUUUCAUGGUUUCCUUGUUUAGAGCGAUUAGAUCUUGGAUAUUGCAGAUCAUUGGAUAAGUUAGAUGAAUCCUUGGGGCAGUUGAGUAAGCUCAAAAGUGUUAUUCUUGAAUCCUGUGACUCACUAGAGGAAUUGCCUGAGUCCAUUUGUGAUCUAAAAUCUUUGGUUGAGCUCCAAUUGAGUAAUGUUGCAAAAAUUAAGGAAUUACCAGAUGGUGUUGGACUAUUAAAGAAGCUUGAGGUUUUAGAUGCUAGCCAUUUCUAUUUAUUGGUAAGACUACCGGAUUUUUCAAGGCUGAAAAAAUUGAGGAGAUUAUCUGUCGAUUCUUGCGAGAAGUUGGAAGAGAUUCAAGGCCUUGAGGGAGUAAGAUCCUUUGAAGAUUUGGACGCGAUACAAUGCUGUAACUUGACAAAUAGUCCAAGAAAGAUACAUGGCCAGGGAAGACUUUCACCGGACUGUCCACAAGAAUUAAUUUAUUCCUUGAAUGCUAAUGAUGGGAUCUGUAAGAAGGGUUUAUCCUUAGUUCUGUGCAUUGUUAUUGAAUUCUGACCUGAGUUAAAGCACAAUCUGAAAUUCAAACAGCAUAAGCCACAAACCAUCUAUUUUGACAUUUUGGCUUCUAUCCGCCAAAAUGAUAGAACAGCUAGAUGUCGUCAUAUACUCAGAAUUGAGGAUGAUGUUGAAUAUACUACUUAUAGAGAUAUAAUCUACAUUCACCAUCUCAAAGGCUUCAACUGGUUUGGGAUUCAAUUGGAAGGAAAAGAUGCUAUUGAGAUUUUAUAUAUUCGUCAAUCAAAGUAUUUGGAUGACUUAAUACCGAAUUCCAGAGUAAAAUUCUGGAAGCUUUUGUUCCAGAAACCUGACCAGAAAAAGCCUAAUGUAGCAGAUUUCUUCAAUUGGUCAGAUGUUGAGGCAUCUCCUUCUGGUAAUACGGAAGAAGUGGUAAAGGAGAUACUGAAGCCUAGAAUGAGAGCUUGUCUUCAAGACAACGAAGAUGAAGCAUCAGGUUCUUCUCUUAGCCGCUUUAACCCCCUGUGAAGUGAGAUUAAUUAACUGAUCCAGUCUGGAGCAAAUGCUGAGCCAACAGCCAAAUAUUGACUGUGAUGUUCAAGGGUUUCCAUCUGAUAUUGAAGAAGUGGAGAGGAGGAAAAGAAUAAUAGUUUUAAAAUAAAAAAUAUUCCAACUUUUUUUUUU